CAUUGGCCAGAAGGGCAGAGACCACUUGCCCAGAGACCAUUUUUGCCCCGAAGGCGGAAUUCCUGGCUGGAGGCAAAGAUCACCCCAAAGUCGCAAGUUCCUGCGAGUGACUGGUGACUGACAGCGGAAUUUGGGACGAACUCUUUUAUUCGGUAGUUCUGCUGAGAUUUCUGGGAGCCAGCAUUUGACAUCCUUGGAAGCCCCAGCAAACACCUAGUCAGUUUCUGCUGCCACAACUCCAGAUCCGUGUAGUCCUGAGGUCCCGUUAACUUUCUCUCCGGCGCUUUCUGAACUCAAAGCCAGGCCCGUUUCCGGGGUGUCCAAAGAAGCGAAGACGCAGAGACGGCGGUGGAAAGAGGUUCUCUGCAGUUUAACAAUUGUGAAGAAAGAUAGAAGGAAAAAUACCCCUUUAAACAAACAGACAAACAAAACCAACAGACGAGCAGCAACGAAACUUCCUGACUCUUCCCAGCUCUGAAGACACAGCUCUUGAACCUGUGGGAAACUAGUGUUUUGGCUGAACUGUCGAUUCAUCUUUAAGCCACCAUGAGCCCUACAAAGCGCAGAUCACAGAAGAUCGCAUUUGAUGAAAAGCGUAAUAUGAAAAUUGAUCACUAUUUUCAUCAGGUCAAUAAAGAACAAGAGAGUCAUUCCAGUAUUUCUCCAAUGAAGAGGGGCUCUAAAAAAGGUCCAAAAGAUAUAACUAACAUCCAGGCACUAAGACCCAAAGACCAGACUGUGCCCCCCAACAAGACAAUUUACAUUACCUUGGCUGUAAACCCCAGGAAACACAAGCUCACACAUAGUGAAGAGAAGAGCUUCUAUGCGGCCCUCAACACUCUCAAGGCUGUCAAGGAGGAGAUAGAAACUCAGCAGGGCAAAGAAAUGCUGGCGGUUGGCAAAGAAGGAAUUGAAGGGUACAUAAAUCUUGGAAUGCCCCUCAGUUGUUUCCCUGAGAGCUGCCAUGUACAAAUCACAUUUGUCCGAAGUAGAAGUAAGCAGAAAGAAGGGAACCAGGUAUUUGGCCGGCAUGAAAAGGCAUCCGCUGACUGUGUCAAAUUUUAUAUUCACGCAAUCGGGAAGAGAAAGAAAAGGAUCGUCAAACGCAGGCAGCUUCACAAAGAAGGGUGCAAACUCUGCGUCUAUGCUUUCAGAGGAGAAACCAUCAAGGAUGCUCUGUGCAAGGAUGGCAGGUUUCUCUCCUUUCUGGAGAAAGAGGAUUGGAGGCUUAUCAGAAACCUGGACUCCAUUCUAGAAAGCACACAGACCGUGGACGACCUGGAAGGCAAGCUCUUUGAAGUUGAGGUAGAGAAAGGAAUGAGCUCCAGGGCAGUAGCCACUCAAAAGUCGGAAUCAGAGAAAGGAAACACCAGUGUGCUGAGAGAAGAAAUUGUGGCUCAGUACCCCAGUUUGAAAAGAGAAAGCGAAAAAAUCAGAGAAAACUUCAAGAAAGAAAUGAAAAGUAAAAAGAGCAAAACCUCAUUAUUUAAAUUACUUAAAGUAAAGUUUGGGAAAAUGACGAGAAACUCCACCCCGAUCAGAGUGCACAACUUUCUUUCUCUUGUCGGUAACUCAGUGGGGUACCUGUCAUGGGACAACAAUGGAAAUAAGGGUUGUGCCACCUGCUAUGUUUUCAAAGAGUUGUACAUUUUCACCUGUCGACACAUAGUAAGUGACUUUAUGGGGGAAGGAAUAGAGCCAAGUAAGUGGGCAGACGUGAUUGGUCAAUGCGCAAGGGUGACAUUUCGUUAUAACAGCUUCCCCGAGAAAGAUGAGAACUGCUUUUUCCUUGAACCGUGGUUUGAGAUAUCUGAUGCCACCCUUGAUUAUGCUGUUCUGAAACUGAAGGCAAACGGACAACAGGUACCUUUGGGACUCUAUAGUAGAAUUGCUCGUGCACCAUCUACUGGGUUGAUAUACAUCAUUGGCCAUCCAAAUGGAGAGGAAAAGUCUAGUGAUGCUUGUACAGUGAUCUCUCAGGGUCAGCGAGAAAAGAAAUAUGAGGAAUAUCUUCAGGCUGGAAAGGGAGAGGGUUGCAGUUAUGGGAUGCAAUACAUCCAUAUGUGCACUCGAAAAACCUUCGAGGAAAUAGCUCACAGCCCUGAUGUGAUUACCUAUGACACCUCUUUUUACUUUGGGGCUUCUGGCUCCCCAGUGCUUGAUUCAGAAGGUUCAUUGGUGGCCAUGCAUACUGCUGGCUUCACUUGUGAUAACGAAAUUGGGUUAUCAUCUCAUGUCAUUGAAUUUGGCUCUACUCUGGAAUCCAUCCUCCUUGAUAUUAAGGAAAAUCACAGACAGUGGUAUACAGAAGUAUGCAUAAGUCCGCAAGAUGUAGAAAUGGUGAGCGAUGAGGAUUGAGGAUGGUGAGAAUUAAGUUUGUUUACUAGCUUUAAGUUUGUUUAAGCUUUAACCACUUUUCUAAGCACGUGAAGACUAAUCCUAACAGGUGGGCCAUUAUCCCUAUUUUAAAGUCAAGUAACAUGAACGACGAUGAGAUUAUGACACUAACUCUAGUGUAACUGCUGUGGGGUUUUCCCCCCCAUUUCUGUGUCUUCCUGUAAGUUCAGUUGCUUGAAGGAAGGACAUUCAAUUAUGACUGUUCAUCUCAUUAUCCCCAGUGUCUGGAAGAGGCAAGUAAGUGCUUAGAAAACGUGUGGGUCCGUCAGUAGCACAACUUAGGGCUACUGUUAAUCUUAAGUAAGGAACUAAAUGCUUGAUUGGAAAUAAUUUCAAACAAAAUCUUUAGAAUUUCCAAAAUCCUCGUAUUACUGAAACUCAGGAUAUAUGUGUUCUGAAACUCACAGCGUAAUAUCCACUCUUUUUAUGGGCUAUUAGGGCAAAGAGACUAUCUGAAAGAUCAUAUUACUUUAUUCGUAUGCCCUUAGUUUUUACCUAAUGACCUUUUUUGUUUUAGGAUCGUUUGUGUGUUGCAUUUAGUUGUUAUGUCUCCUAAGGCUCCUUCCUUGUGGCUGUUGCAGGUUCUCAGGCUUUGACCAGUGACCUUGACAGUUAGUAAGAGUACUGGUCAGGUAUUUUUGUGGGGUGUCCUUCUAUUGGAAUUUGUCUGGUAAUUAGGCUGUGGUUGUGGGGUUUGGAGAGUAAAACCAGUGGGGCAAAGUACUUUUUCACUAUAUUGUAUCAAGGGUACAUAGUAUCCACCUGAGUUAUGAUUUGGUGUUGCCUUUGAUACCCUGGCCAAGAUAAUGUUUAUCAGGUUUCUCUACUGUAAAUUUACUCCUUUCCCUUCCUUUCUAUAAUGUACUUUUUGGAAGGAAGUUUUAUUCACAGCCCACACCUAAGGAGUGGGGCAUCCUUCUUCUCUUCCUUAUGUAGGGAACUCCUGGAGUCUCUACAUAAUUUAUUCAGCAUGGGAGAUUUGCUUCUUCUUUCCUAUUUAUUGUACCAGUGUGGACUCAUAGAUACAUGUUGAGUUAUAAUCCAAAUUACUUUGUUGUAUUUCUCAGAUUGUUCCUGCUUUGGUCAUUGGGAGCACUUUCAUUUGGCUCUGGUGCCCUCUUUGACAUAUUCCCAAGAGUGUGUUGUGUUUGUUUCCUGGGUUUUCUAAGCACUUUCUUAUGUUGUGGUCCUACGAGAUGCUCUGGGCUCCUCUUGUGUAUUACCUGACCCAGUCGCAUCAUCAGCCAUUUCUCCUAGGAGCCUUUGGUUACUUUUAUUAGAGAAGUGUAUUUGAAAUCAAGAUCUGGGCACUAGGUAUGCUUUCGCGAGUGGGGUAUUAUUUCUUCUACGCCCGCUCAGCAGACAAAGCAAAGGAAUACGUGUGUGUAUAUUAACUCCUGUAUAGUCAGGCUCCCCAGCUUAUUCUUGGUUUCACUUUCUGGGGCUUCAGUUACCUGGGGUCAAUGGCAGUCAAGAAGCCAAUGAUCUUCCUUCUGACUUAUCGCCAGAAGGUCAAUGGUAGCCUAAUGCUGCAUCACAAUGCCUAUGCCAUCCACCUCCCUUCGUCUCGUCAGGUAGGUAUUUUACAUCAUCAUAACGAGAAGAGGGAAGAGUACAGUACAAUAAGGUAUUUUGAAAGAUAGACAAUAUUUACAUAGCUUUUAUUAUAGUACAUUGUUAUAAUUAUUCUAUUUUAUUAUCAGUUAUUGUUAAUCUCUUACUGUGCCUAAUUUAUAAAUUAAACUUUAUCAUAGAUAGGUGUGUACAGGAAAAAGCCUAUCUAUAUAGGGUAUGGUACCGUCCCCUAGGGGAUCGUGGGAUAUAUACCCUGCAGAUGAGGGGUGGGAGAAACCACUGCAUAUAUGCAUAUCUACAAACAUUUCUUUAAAACAAUUUUUUUUAAUGUUUAUUCAUUUUUGAGAGAAAGAGACAGAGUAUGAGUUGGGGAGGGACACAGAGAGAGAAGGAGACACAGAAUCUGAAGCAGGCCCCAGGCUCUGAGUUGUCAGCACAGAGCCCAACGUGGGGCUCGAACUCAUGCCCUGUGAGAUCAUGACCUGAGCCAAAGUCAGAUGCUCAACCAACUGAGCCCCCCAGGUGCCUUUCUACAAACAUUUCUAUAUGUAACUGCCUGUAUGUACAGUAAGUUAAACAUUCUUACCGAUGUCUCCAACUCCAGUACCACCUGGAUCAUUUUUGCCUCCUGCCUUGGUCAUCUAUGAAGUCCUAGUCCAACAGUGAGAAACGUGGCUCCUACCAUCCCCCACCCAUUUACUUAAUUGCUUAAUUCAGUUUUCAUGCAUAGCGGUAUCAGAGUUGUUCACCUGCAGCAGGACAGGAAAAAGUGAGUACAGUGUGUGUUUAGUCUUACAGGCUCACUUCCAAAGUUCCUGGGGUCAGCACCUUUCCUGCCACGCCCUUCAGUGAGGUGUUUUUGUACAUUUGUAGUGCAGUUAGAUUCUCUUGUCAAAGUCUCCAUUCUUUCAUCUCUCAACCUAAGUGACUUUUAAAAUUUGCAUACAUGAAGGUUCACUCUUCAUGCUGUAUGUUCUGUGGGUCUUAACAAGUGCAUAAUGUCAUGUAUCCAGCAUUAUGAUAUUAUACAGAAUCAUUUUACCAGCCUAAAAGUCCCCUCUGCUUCAGCUGCUCAACCCUGCCACUCCCCUGAACCAGUGGUGAUCACUGAUCCUUUUACUGUCUUUAUAGGUUUGCCUUUGCCAGAAUGUCACUUAAGUGGAAUCAGAUAGUAUGUAGCCUUUUCAGCUUGACUUCUUGCACUGAACAAUAUUCCACUAAGGUUUCUCUGCAUCUUUUCGUGGCUUGAUAGCUCAUUUAUUUUUUUGCCACUGGAUAAUAUUCUGUUCUAUGGAUAUACCACAGGUUGUGUAUUCAUUCACCUUUUGAAAGAUAUCUUUUGCUUCAGUGUUUGGUGUAUAUGAAUAAAGCUGCUGUAAGUAUUUGUGUACAAA